CGCUGCACUUUGUGAAUGGUCCAGCAGUAUUCUGGGACCUGUCAUGUCCGCAGUCUCUGGUCAUCUCCUGUACUACGUCUGCAGUCUCUGGUCAUCUCUUCUACUACGUCCGCAGUCUCUGGUCAUCUCUUCUACUACGUCCGCAGUCUCUGGUCAUCUCCUGUACUAUGCCUGCAGUCUCUGGUAAUCUCCUGUAGUAUGUCUGCAGUCUCUGGUCAUCUUCCUCUACUACGUCUGCAGUCUCUGGUUCAUCUCCUCUACUACGUCCGCAGUCUCUGGUCAUCUCCUCUACUAUGUCCGCAGUCUCUGGUCAUCUCCUGUUCUACGUCCGCAGUCUCUGGUCAUCUCCUCUACUACGUCCGCAGUCUCUGGUCAUUUCCUCUACUACGUCCGCAGUCUCUGGUCAUCUCCUCUACUACGUCCGCAGUCUCUGGUCAUUUCCUCUACUACGUACGCAGUCUCUGGUCAUUUCCUCUACUACGUACGCAGUCUCUGGUCAUUUCCUCUACUAUAUCCGCAGUCUCUGGUCAUCUCCUCUACUAUGUCCGCAGUCCCUGGUCAUCUCCUCUACUAUGUCCGCAGUCUCUGGUCAUCUCCUGUACUAUGCCUGCAGUCUCUGGUAAUCUCCUGUAGUAUGUCUGCAGUCUCUGGUCAUCUUCUG